AAUUUGUUUUUUUUUUGUUUCUCGUUGCGCGACUGAGUUAACCAGUUUACUUUGUUCAUUAAGUCAUCUAUUUUAGUAGCUUCGUAAAUACUGUUAUUUUUAUUUAUUUAAAAAACGAUAUCUUCAAUUAAACUUAAUAAAUACAGUAUAGCUCAAUUGGAUAAACGGCUUGUUUAAUAUUUUAAUUUUAAUUAACUAAGUACUUGUCAAUCAUAUGGUUGUUAAUUACGGUUUGUUUACAAAUGAAAUAGAAGUUCGAAUUCGGAAACGCGAAAUAAUAAGUGAUGAAUAUUACGAAAGCUAGUGAGGAAUCGUCGUGUACAGGACAAGAAAAUGGCGACGGUUCGACUGAUUCUGAGCGCCCACUCAAGAAGGCAAGAUUCGCGUGGCAAGUCAAAGGAAAAUAUCACUUGAAAAAUGAAAAUUCUGAUUCCUCUGAAGAGUCAACAGUACCUGGGCCGUCAUUAUCGAGCGAAAGUAAUUCUAGUGAUAUUGAAACUAAGCAAAACCUCGAGAUACUAGGAGAUUAUUUUUUAAAUCAGGACUUUAAUACAAUAGAAUCUGUGAUUACAGACUCCGAGAAGUCUCUGUUAACUCCAAGUACAAGUGUGUCAAAUGGGAAGCUCCAGUAUCCAAGAUAUGUGAGCUCUAAUGACAAUAAUGAAAAUAAUUGUAGAACUAGUGGUGGCUUUAACAGUGCAAUGUCAGUACCAAUGUCUAUGGUAGUUUCACAGAACUACACUGAGGACCAAUGUAUAGCACGGUGGCAGGAAAGACAGAUGACAAAGGGAUUUGUAGAUAACACUGUAAAUAGCAUACUAGAAUCACGGGAGUAUGUAUCGCUUUUAACAGCAGUACGCAAUUCUAGAUUUGUAGCAUUAGAUGUUGCAGAAUUAGUUAAUGAAUCACCUGGACAGAACAUUGAAAAUGAAGGCAUUCUCAUGGCUAUUUCUGCACAUGGCCUACAAAAUCAAAACACCAGUAGCGACAUAAACAAUUCAGAAAAUGCAAGUUGCUCUAGUAAUGACAGACAUUCACCAUCACGAGAAUCAUCUCCAUCAUUGACAGUUCCAGAAAAUGAAGAAUCAAAUGAACUGACUUGGGCCUGUGAAGAUCCACAGAAGAUGUCUCAGUUUUCACUGUUUCCUGAUUCAUCAAUAUCAUAUCAAUGUUUUAAUGAUAAUCAAAGUUCUAGUAACGAAAAUCAGGAUCCUAAUCUAGGCGACAAUCAUUUUGAGUUUUUGGAUGCAGCUAUAAUGUUUGCUAUACAGAGCAAAGGUCUUACAACUUUGGGCAGUGAAUAUGGAUAAAAUUACCUGAAUAAAUGCAAGGUGUAAAAUGGUAUAGUUUUUUUCAAAAUAUUUAAAUGUUUCUUUUAUUUACAGCAUGAAUAUUGUAAAAUUAACAUUUUUGUAUCACUUUAAUGCCUUAUAAUUAAUUGCAUUUAUUAUAUUAUAUUACUUACAAUUUUAUAUUUUGGCAUUUGUUUUGAUUAAAGUUACUUGAACUAUUCAUUUAGAUGACAUUUGUCUUGUGGUAUAAUCCCACAUCAGAUAUUCACAACUUAGUGUAAAUCUAGAAGCAUAGGGAAACUUUUUAAUUGAAAGCUUCAAUAAAAAAAUAUACAUAGUAUUAAUAUAUAAUAUUUAAAUAUAUAUUUCAAAUUAAGAAUAUUAUUUCACACCUUGCAUUAGAAUAUAAUUUUUAAAAGACAAAAUUAAUAUGUUAGACAAUACUUAACAUGCACAAAAUAGUAUUAAAGGGAUAAGAUGUGUAUAUUACUAACAAAAAUAUCUUUAAUAUAAAAUAUGUUCAUUUAUAAAUUUAGUUUUACCAUGACAGUGAAUUGAAGUGAGCAAAGGUGGAAAUGUAGACCUACAUAAACAUGAAUACAUUUGUGUUUUAUUCAACAGUUAUAAAUUUGUAGUUAUAAAUGCUUUAGGAAGGGUUUCUUGCAUUGUAGCAUCAGGGUCCAAAAGCAUUGCAAUAGAUUUAAAAAAAUAUAUUUUUAGUUUGGGACAUUUUUGGUGGGUUUACUCUGGUAUUCAAUAAUCAAUAACUAAUAUCAGUCCAUCGGGCUAAUUGCUGGUACUGUGAUCAUUAAGAAGUGAAAAUCCUAAAACAGAUCGAAUCUUAAAAGUAAAUAAAAUUGUUUAAUUUUGGUAUCACACUAUUGUUUUACAUUUUUUGUCAAGCGUUAUUAAGACAAUGAUAAUUCAAUCUAGUUAUAUUAGUUUACUCUCUGAACGAUACAUAUUAUUAUUCAUAGGCCACGGGGAUUGAGAGCUCUGAUAGCCGACGAUUGACAGUCAUUCAGUUGAAUGAGAUGGCCCUUGGAAGAGAUGGUACUCUCUUCCCCAUAUCCAUUGUCCUAUUCAGAUCUGAAUAUAGAGCAUAUCGAGGGCUGAAAGGCGUGAUCUAAGCGAUAUUUCGGCUAAUACGCGACAUUUAAAUUUGUAGUUAAAGUCUGUUUUAUUUGGUAUUUAUACUAACAGUAUGAUGUUUUUAAUUGAACUUCAAUUUACUUAAUUGAAAUAGCUGAAGAAGUUUUUUUUGUUAUGAUAUUUUUUCCAAAUGUUUUUUAUUUAGUUGGCUGUCCUGUAAAGUUGCAAAAAUGUCGCUUAAACUAAAUAGCUUUUCACUCCCCUAUAUAAUUUUGAGUACAAAGCGAUGAUGACAGAUUCAACUCCCACACUUACAUACUUAUAUCUCUUUUAGUAUUUAAUUUUUACGGGUUGGGCAGAUAUUAAUAUUUAUCCAAACACUUUGAACAUGGAUUUAGAUGGUUCUACCAAUCAACUAAGUACAUCUAUGCGUUGCUAUGCAAUUACAAUAAAAAAAAUGUAUAUGUAUAUAUAGAUGCAGUUUUGAAUCUCGCAGGUCGGUUUCAGUAAAAAUAGUAUUAAAACAAAAACUUGGACAGUAUAGGUUUUUCUUUUUAUUAUUUUGAUCCCAGUAUUCUAACUUUAUCUUAAUUGUUUAUAAGUAUAAUUAGUAUUUGUUAAACAUUAGUCUAUAGCAUCGUGCCUUUAGCAGGCAAAUUAUUUUUACAGUGUGCUUAGUGCGAGUUUCUUAACGUUCUCGAUAGCGUAAAAGUUAAUAAAUCAAAUCAAAUCAAAAAUAAUUUAUUCAAUAUAAAUGAAAGUACAUACUUGUUGAACGUCAAAAAGAACUACCGCCAAUUCACAAAAACUAGCCUCCGUCCUGAGAAGAACUGGCAAAAAUCUCAGCGGUAAUGUCUUUUUUUUUAAUAGUAGAUUUUUUUUAAAUAUUCAUUUUUACAAUGAAUAUUAUAACGUAACAAUCAUUGCAAUAUUGAAAUGCCCGGAGCGAGCAACUCAUUCCCACUUUGUGCAGCGCCCCUAGCGGCAAACAUACGCAAACGAUCCCAUUCCAUACAAAUAUGAGUUAACUUUUACGCUAUCGAGAACGUUAAAAAACUCGCACUAAGCACACAGAACAUACAUACCUUUUAAGUAUUGUUUCAACUUACUAAAUAUAAGAUCUGACUAUUAUAACAACUUUUUGUCAAUAUUCAUUUACGUUUUUAUUUUGUUAUUAAAACGAUUUUUAUAUUAUUUUAAGGAUGCAAACAAUAUAUUGUCUUAACUUAUGUACGUUAGAGAUGAUUUUUUCAAUACGAUAGUUAGAAAUGACUGUUGAUUUCGUGUAUGCCAUAAUGACUCAACCGUCAAUAAAGAGAUACUCAUUUAAA